CUCCUCCUCCUCCUCCGAUCCUCUCUGCUAUGAAAAACACGGGCGACGCUUCACGAUGGGGGACAUCCUAGCUUACGAAGCAGAAUUCCUUGGGCUGGUAAAAGAGUUUUUAGACUUUGCUGAAUUUGAAGACACUCUGAAAGCGUUUACAAAGGAAUGCAAAAUAAAAGGCAAACUAUUACCUGAAACAGCUGAUUCUCCUCAAGACUCCAAAGAACUAAUUAUCCAGAAGCACAUGGUAACAGCAUUUGACAACGGGGCUCAGAAAGACUUCUUUGAUUUGUGGGAAGAGCACAUCCCUUCUUCAUUCCGAGAUGAUGAACCGCAGGCCCAGAAACUGGAAUUCUACCUUCACAUCCACUUUGCCAUUUUCCCCCUGAAGCACUCCUUGGAAAAGCCUGACAAAGCAGAAUACGAUGAAAGGAUUUCAUACUUUAAAACCUACCUGGAGACGAAGGGAGCAGCACUCAGCCAAACCACUGAGUUUCUUCCUUUUUAUGCCUUGCCUUUUGUCCCCAAUCCUAUGGUGCACCCCUCCUUUAAAGACCUCUUCCAGGAUUCUUGGUCUCCAGAGUUAAAGAUGAGGCUUGAAAACUUCUUGUCUUCGACUUUCAAAGCCCGUAAUACUCCAAGGCUUCUUACUCUAUAUAAAGAGAAUGGACAAGGCAACAAAGAAAUGCUGCAGCAGCUCCACCAGCAGCUGGUCGAAGCCGAUCAGAGGACCAUGACCCACCUGAGAGAGUUCAACAAAAUCCAGACGGAUUACCGGAAUCUCAUCGUAGUCACUGCCGAGCUGGUCGAUUCCCUAGAAGCCACCGUUACCGGCAAGGUGAUUACUCCAGAGUACCUGCAGAAUGUCUAUUUUCGUCUCUUCAGCAGUCAUUGGAGGCAAAGCGUAGCCCACAGCAUUGACUUUACAAGGCCUGGCACGGGAUAUUACUCAAUGAGCCCUUGUGAGGACGGCAAUGCUUCCACCAUGUUAAGGGCCUCUUUGGCACCCAUGAAUUUAAUGGAUGUACCGUUGCUGCCCUCCCUGGAUUACGAGAAACUGAAAAAGGAUCUGAUCUUUGGGAGCGACCGUUUGAAAGCCUUCUUGCUGCAGGCUCUUCGCUGGCGCCUGACCACAUCUCAUCCUGGAGAACAGAGGGAGACUGUCCUGCAGGCUUAUAUCAGCAAUGAUUUAUUGGACUGCCACAGCAACAACCAGAGAAAUGUUCUGAAAUUACUACACUCCAAGUGCGAGGUCGUCCGACAGUACACAGCCAGGCUUUUCAAUGCUUUUGCCUCAUUAGCAGAAGGUCGACUCUACCUCUCCCAGAACCCAAAGCUGCUGAGGAUGCUGGAGGAGAGACUGAAAGAUGAAGAUCAAGAUGUGCUCACUCGGGAGAAUGUGCUUGGGGCUUUGCAGAAACUCAGCUUCAGGCGUGCGGUGCAGUCAGUAAUGAUCCAGGAUGGGCUCAUUUUCUGGUUGGUUGAUGUCCUGAAGGAUCCCGAUUGCUUAUCAGAUAUCACACUGGAGUACUCAGUCACGCUGCUCUUCAACCUUUGCCUCCGGAGUGCAGGCAAAAACGCUUGUGCUAAGGUGGCAAGCCUCAUUCUGAAGGUUCUUUCAGAUCUCCUUGGUCAUGAAAACCAUGAGUUAAAAUUGCAUGUGAACGGAAUCCUCUACAGCAUUCUUUCUAUUCCAUCCAUUCGGGAAGAAGCCAAAGCAAUGGGAAUGGAAGAAAUCCUCCGCUGCUUCAUCAAGGAAGGCAAUGCUUGGAUCAUCCACCAGAUCGAAUUUAUUAUCAAGCAGCUUAAUUCAGAAGAGCUACUGGAUAAUGUCCUCGAAUCUGAUGACGAAGAGGAAGAAGAUGACAUUGAGGAGGACCGGGAUGUCAUAGAGUCCAGCCUGGACAAAGAUGAAGUGCUGCAUCCUCAACUUGGCGAGCUCUCAGGGGAAAGGCUGCUCACCACAGAGUACUUAGGAAUAAUGACCAACGUGGACACGGCAAAGAGCAGAGGCCUCUCCGGUGCUCAGCAGACCAUCAAGGAGCCCUUACCACGACCGGUCACUCCAGGCUAUCACAAGACUGUAUAUCCAAUACUGGAAAAUCAUCUUCUUUCUCCCUAUGCAGCAAACCAAGGGAGAAUUGGAAGAUUCCAGGCUGAGUGCCCUCCCACCGGCAGCGGGGGCAGGUCCAGCAUUUCUGACUUUUGCAUUUCCUCUGCAUCCAACCACACAGUGGAGUCUAAGCUAUUUGCAGCCGCCCACCACAUAGACCGACACGUCCUCAUUGCCGAUGAGCCAGCCCGGCCCCCUGAGCUGCCCCAAAACAGAGCAAGUGAACUGCGUACCAGUGAGGUCUCGGCUUUCGUCAGCAAACCCCGAAUCCCCCGCACUCCUGAGCCACGGAGCACGAGUCCCCGCAAGGCAAAGACUCCCACCAUCGCCCCACAGUUCUCCCAGGCCGAACCUCAGCAAACAAACCGCCCCAGCUCCAUUGGAUCGUCCACAAGAAGCCGGCAGAGCAGCCAGACCUACAGGAAGUGAGGACAGUUGGUCUUGCCCAGAGGCACCAACCCCAUCGCCUGAGGACUCAGCCAUCUUCCCCAAAAGACCCCCUCUA